UGAUGUAAUUUGCUUGGACUGAUGCUGAAGUAGAAAACAACAAUAAAUGGAAUUAUGAUGAUGAUAGACGAUUAGAAGAAGCUUUUAAGUUAUAUGGACCAUAAUGGAAGAAGAUUUCAGAAUAUUUAUCAGGAAAAACAGAUUAAGAAUGUGUUCAAAGAUGGACUUAAUUAAAGGUAAAAUAUAAAUAUAUUAUAUAAGAGUGGAAAGAAGACACCAUGGACUAAAGAAGAAGAUGAUAUGUUGAAAGAGUUAGUGUAAAAAUAUGGAGAAAAUUGGAAUGAAAUUGCUUAAAUUAUGAAAAACAGAACUGGAAACUAAAUUCGAAAUAGAUAUAUCAAUCAAAUAAUAGCACCACCUGCAAGAUCAUGGACUCAAGAGGAAGACGAUUAAUUAAUCAAAUUAUAUAAACAGUAUGGGUCGAAGUGGACUUAGAUUGCCAAAUUGAUGAAAGAUAGAUCUGUAAUUAUAAAAAUUAAAUUUAGGAAAUAAUGGUCAAGAAUAGAUUCUAUACUAAACACAAAGAUCAAAGUCACAAAUUAGGCUUAGUAAUAUUUAAUUUUAUAUAUUAGAAACUUUAGGUCUUAGAUUAGGAAUUCGAAAAGUAAGAAGAUUAGGAAAUAAAGACUAUCAAAACUGAAUUAUCUUGUAAAUAAGAAAUAGAUAAUUUGGAACCAUAAAUUAAUAAAAAAAUUGAUACCAAAUAGUCAGAAUAACAAAAGGAUUAAAAUAUUCGGUAUUUAUGCCCAAGAAACUUCUUAUUUAAAUUUGAACAAAUGCUUGAAUUAAAUCCAGGAGAACCUAAAAAGAUUAUAUGGAUUCCUGUUCCAGUUAUUAGAUUGAUUCCAAAAAAUAAUCCAUCAGAAGUUUAAAACAAAAAAUACCCAACAGAGAAUUUAAAAGAAGAAGAAUUAUGA